CUAGAAAUGUCCUUGCGCGCGGAAGAGGAAAGUCGAACUACGAGACAGAUUCGGUUCGUCAGUCUCUCAGCUAAAGGUUUACGGCUGAAAGAGGUGAAUGACAGUAAAGGAAGAAAAUCCCUCAGGAGAAUCCAGAAAAUCAUUUUGAAGUUACGAUGCUUCACUCUAAGAUCAAGACUGAGAAAACAGACCCUGGGGCUCGAAAUCGCCUUGAUGCAGUGUUGCAGGGUCUGGUUGAAAGGAGUGACAGUGAGAGAGAGCAGAAUGAGGAGGAUGCUGGGAAAAUGGUGGCAGACACUUUGAGCAAGGAUUUAUCACCUUCCUCGGCUGGGAAAAGACCAUCGUCACGAUUCCCACAACACAGAAGGAAGAAGCGUAAGGAGAUGGAUGAUAGUCUGGCUGACACCAACCAGCAUAAACAGAAUGCUUAUAUAAUCAAGUUAUUUGAUCGCAGUGUUGACUUGGCUCAGUUCAGCACUACCACACCACUCUACCCCAUCUGUCGGGCAUGGAUGAGAAACAACCCCUCUAUGAGAGAGAGAACUGCACCCAGCCCUCCUCACAGCUCUGGGGAGGACGAGAUGAGUGACAUGCUAAACGGCAAAGGUCAGAACAUCUACAGACUUCCUCCACCUGUCUGUCCAAUAAAAUCAGAUGAACCUGUAAAUCUCCGAAUUCCACCUGUAGAAAAGCCUGCAGAGAGCCAGUCCAUAGAUGCUGCAGCAGGGUCAUCACCUCUUAUUUACAAUCACAUCAAACGCUGGAAGAAAAUUAGACAGAAGUGGAAGGAGGCCUCCAAUAAAAACCAACUAAGAUACAGUGAGAGCAUAAAAAUCCUGAAGGAAAUGUAUGAACGCUAGUCCAUGGAGAAAAAAAAAGCAUGUCAGAUGUGUUUUGGGAGUGAAAUGACAUGUUCUAACAAGAAAGUUACACAACUUAGCCAGAAUUGUAAAUCGAGAACUAAAGCAAAUACAUGAGAGCAAACCAGUUUUUUUAAUGUCCUUGUUUUUAUUUUUAAAUAGACUUGCUUUACGGAAUUGAAGAGGAACAUAAUGCUUUGCAUAUUUUGUUAAAUGUUAUGUUGUUUAUAAUAACAGUAAAAAACAGUGAAAGUGUGUGU